UCGAAAUGUUUGCGCUGUCUCUACACUUCCGACUAUGAAUCCCACAAGGACAGAAACCCUAAGCGAGUGGAUGGAACGCUUGAAUGGUUUCUCCGUCACGAAAAGUAUCGGCACUGGCAAGAAAAAGAUUCGAGUCUUCUAUGGGUGACGGCAGAUCCGGGAUGCGGAAAAACCAUGCUGGCCGCAUUUCUAGUGGACGAGCUGAGUGUCCACUCGGAACCUCGCGACACCGUCUGCUUUUUCUUCUUCAAAGAUGACAAUCAGGAACAGAAAUCUGCGACAUUGGCUCUUUCCGCCCUCCUCCACCAGCUCUUUUCGGCGAAGCCAUUCCUUCUCCGGCAUUCCUUGAAAGAUUACAACGACAAGGGCGCGAAAUUUACAGAACAAUUCGGUACGCUGUGGCGCAUCUUCCGGGCAGCAACCACCGACCCGGACUGCGGCAAUGUCAUUUGCAUCAUCGACGCUUUGGAUGAAUGCGAAGAAUCGACUCGAAAGUCCCUCAUCGAUUCUUUAGUCAGCAGCUACACACCAGCGAUCGGCACAGGGCGCAGCACGGGCGAAACGCUUCCAAAAUUCAUCCUCACCAGUCGCCCAUACGGCUCCAUCGAAAAACAAUUCGGUACACAACUUAUCAGAUUGAAAGCGGAGGAGCAAACACCCGCCAUCAGCGAAGACAUUGAGCGUGUCAUCGAUUCCGAAGUUGAGUUGCUGGGGAAUGUGUGGCACCUCACUGAUGACGACCGGAUAAUUAUCCGAGACAAGCUCAUCCGGGGCGCCGAUCAUACAUUCCUGUGGGUUUCCCUGAUUGUCAAAAUCCUCCACGGUAGUCAAGCAGCUUCGCGGAGGAAAUUCCUUCAAACUCUCAACAGCCUACCGAGUAACCUCGAAAGCGUCUACGAAAAGAUCCUUGAAGAUAUUUGUGACCGCGAAGAGGCCAAACGGAUUCUCCAAAUAGUCGUCGCGGCUACACGACCCCUCACACUCGACGAGAUGGACAUCGCACAAGCGAUUCAGCGGGAUCACAAAUCAAUCGAGGACCUCCAGCCGUGCCGCCUGUACUCCUUCGAAAGCACGGUGAAGAACACAUGCGGACUUUUCGUGAAGGUCAUAGACUCGAAGAUCUACCUUAUCCACCAAACGGCGAAGGAGUUCCUGAUCAAGGGCACAGCUACCGCCACAUCUGCUACGGAAAUUACCACGUGGAAGCAAUCACUUUGUCCUAUCGAAUCAAACCUCACCCUCGCGAAGAGUUGCCUUUAUUUUCUCUUGUUUAAUGUCUUUGAAACCCACCCUCUGGCACUACGAGCGCAGGGAUCGGAUAUAGAUGGCUACACCAUAGGGCAUGUGUUUUUAGAUUAUGCAGCUAAAAAUUGGACGGCUCACGUCCAAGAGGCCAAGAUAUGGGAGGAUGAGAAACUCUCCGCUAUUGCGUUGAAGGUUUACACGAGUGGGUCGGGGCGGCUGCUGACAUGGUUCCAAGUUUACAUGGCGAGCAACUGUGAGUAUUGGAACUUCGAUAACAUGAGUGGGCUUGCAGUAGCAUCAUAUAUUGGUCAGGAUGCGGUGGUGGAGCUGCUAAUAGAACAGGGAGAAGACGUCAACAGUGGCCGUAGCCUAUACAACAAUGCUUUGAAUGUGGCUGUUCGAAAGCGAAAUAGGAAUGUGAUCAUGUUGCUGCUCAACAGAGGAGCCAUUGUCUUUCUAUUCGGAAGUGAAUAUUGGAACCUUUUAGAGGUUAACAGAUGUCUUUCCCUUUCCAUGACUGAAACCAGAGCUAAUAGUUUGCUUAUAUCGUGCCAUAGUCUGUAA